AUGCUUGUUCAACAAUUGCAAGGCAUAGUUGAUCAGGUAGUCCACCGCCCACAAGUAUUACACAGCAUACCUGAAGGCUCAGAAAUUCUCAAAGUGACGACACAACUACACACUAUCCUGGCUGCUGCGAUCAAACGAAAUACGGAUUCAGAGCUGAAAAAGUUCAAGGCGACGAAAUCAGCGGUACAGCCGGUAUCCUUACCCGACCUUCCUCCCAUCCACGAUGCUGUAUUAGAGCGAGCCGUCUUCACGCACCCAGGAGCGCCUGUAAACAUCGCACCGGAGGGCGUGGAGCAUAACUACGACCGAUUGGAAGUUCUCGGGGACGCUUAUGUGGAAGUAAUUGCAACUAGGCUGAUAUGGGACCAGUUCAAAGAUAUGCCUGCAGGGCGCAUGUCGCAAAUUCGCGAGGAUCUUGUGAAGAAUGAAACCUUGGCUAGCUUCGCGUCACAAUACGGGUUUGAUAAAAGAGUAUCACUCUCCGUCCCAGAAGAACAGAAGUUGCAAUCUAAAAGAUGGCUAAAAAUACGGGGGGAUGUGUUUGAAGCUUACGUUGCGGCGGUGAUUCUUUCCAGCCCUGACCGUGGAUUUGCCAUGAUUGAGCAAUGGCUCAGAGAGCUGUGGUUACCGAGGCUCUCUCAAGUCCAGCCUGUACAGACGGUGCUUAGAUACAAGGAACAACUAGCGAAGAAGGUCAUGGGCAAGGGCGUUAAACUUCGCUAUGUAGAAGAACAACCCGCGACAAGAUUAGAUGGAGGUAUGCAGACAUAUUACAUGGGUGUGUAUCUGACAGGCUGGGGUUGGCAAGACCAGCAUCUGGGAUCUGGCAGUGGGUUAAAUAAGGCGAUUGCAGGGGACGAGGCUGCCAAUAGAGCCCUUCAGAACUGCCCGCUGAUCGAUCAGGUGGCCGCGGUCAAGGUAGCGCAUGACCGACCAGCUAGUGGAGUGAAGGAAGCAGAUAGCAAUACUCAAUUGAUUUAA